AUGAUGCUGCCACCACCAUGCUUAAGACGCCAUUUAUUCUCAUCCUGGCACGGUCGCCAUCACAACACGUUUUCUCUGUUUGACACGGCAGAGACGGGCGACCGGUGCGCGGCGCUCGAGUGCGGGCCGUGGUCGCGCUGCGAGCUCUCCGCCUCCGGGAACCCAACAUGCCGCUGCCUGCCGUGUCCACCCACACCCGCCCACGCCGCCCCCGUCUGCGGCUCCGACGGCGUCGACUACGCCUCCGAGUGCGAGCUGCGCGCCGCCGCCUGCCGCGACGGCGACCGAGACCUCACGCUGCGGUACAGGGGCCCCUGCGACCCGUGCGCGGAAGUGGAGUGCGAGGCGGGCGGCGUGUGCCAGCUGGACGAGGAUCGGCGGCCCACGUGUCGCUGCGAGGACACGUGUUCCAGCGGCGGCGGCCACCAGGCACCCGUUUGCGCCUCUGACGGCCGCUCCUACCGCAGCGAGUGCGAGAUGCACCGGCACGCCUGCCUGCGGCGACAGGCGCUGCGCAUCAUCUACCGCGGGGAGUGCACCUCAGGCAGCAACCCGUGCGCGGGCGUGGAGUGCGGGCCCGGCGCGCAGUGCAGCGUGGACUCCGGGGGCGCGGCGCGCUGCGACUGCGGGCCGCCGUGCGCGCCGGUGCUGCGGCCGGUGUGCGCGGCCGAUGGCGGCGGCCACGACAGCGCCUGCCACCUGCGGCGCGCCGCCUGCCUGCGCGGAGUCCCCCCGCCGCGAGUGCUGCACGCGGGCCGCUGCCGCGACGCCGCCUGCCCCGCGUGCCCGCAGGCGCAGCUGGCGGCGCACCGCCUGCGCCCCGUCUGCGGCUCGGACCUCGUCUCCUACGGCAGCGAGUGCGAGCUGCGCCGCGCCGCCUGCGCCCUGCGCGCCGACAUACAGCUGCUGCACGACGGGCCCUGCGAUGGCUGUGAAAACCAGAUAUGUAACAACCACGCGAUCUGCAAGGUUGACACCUCGGGAAAUCCACGCUGCGUAUGUCCAGAGCCCUGCGAACACGAGUCUGGAGAGGUGCGGCCGGUGUGCGGCUCCGACGGCAGUACGUACCCCAGCGCGUGCGAGAUGCGUCGCGCGGCCUGCCUACUCAACAGGAGCCUGCACGUCGCGCACGAGGGCGCCUGCGGCCUGUGCCCGCACGAGUGCUCCGAGGGCAGCUCCCCGGUGUGCGGCUCGGACCGGAGGACGUACCGCAGCGAGUGCGAGCUGCGUGUUUCCGCAUUUUUAUCACCUCCUCGUACCAAGAUGAAGACAGAGGCGGCGCGUGUAGAGGCUGUGCUUGGCGCGCCCGCAGGCAGCGAGCCCACGACGACCUCGCCGGCCGCCGGCGGCGGCGGCGGCGCCUCGCCCGCGGCCGGGGACGGCUGCCGCGGGGUGCGCUGCGACCUGGGCGCCACCUGCGAGCUGGACGAGGAGCAGCGGCCGCGCUGCGCCUGCCGCUUCAGCUGCCCGCCGGCGCCCGCGGGCCCGCGCGACGGCUGGCUGUGCGCCUCGGACGGCGCGCUGCACCCCAGCCUCUGCCACCUGCGGCACGCCGGCUGCCUCGCCGGCGACGAGCUGCGCCUGCGGCCCAGGGAGCUCUGCGUCGGCAUGGAGGUGAAGCCGUGCGGCGGGGAACGUCCGCUAGUCAGCGCCUCUAGCGGCGAGGAGCUGGACUGCGGCAGCGGGCCCAACCGCCAGGACUGCCCGCCCGGCUCCUACUGCCACCAGACGCCCGCCUUCGCCAAGUGCUGCAGCAAAAAUGUCACAGCGGCGCUGAGGGGCUGUGAGGACGAGUUCUUCGGCUGCUGCCCAGACGGGAAGACAGCGGCCCAGGGACCGGACUACGCCGGCUGUCCUUCGCUCUGCGGCUGCAACAAGCUCGGUUCGGUGUCGGACGUGUGUGACGCCGAGACGGGCGCCUGCAGCUGCCGACCCGGCGUGGGAGGCGACAAGUGCGACCGCUGCCUGCACGGCUACUGGGGACUGCCCAAGAUCUCGGAGGGACACGACGGCUGCAUCGCGUGCGACUGUUCGCCCCUGGGAGCCGUGCGAGAGGACUGCGAGCAGAUGACGGGCCGGUGCAUGUGCAAGCCCGGCGUGCAGGGCCAGAAGUGCACGGUCUGCACCGGCGUCAACCUGGUGCUCGCCGCCGAGGGCUGCGUCCCAGAGGAGGAGUCUGGGACGGAGCGCCCCGGCGCCGGCCGCUGGACGGUGCCUCGCCGCUUCACGCAGCCCGGCGACGACGAGGCGUGGCCCAUGUCCAAGUCGACGCGCCACCUGCUGGCGGGCGCGCCGCGCUACCACCUGCUGUCGCCUCUGGACAGGGCCGACGCGGGGGCGCGUCUCGUCACCGACGGCUCCGGCUACGGCAGGGGACUCCCGCAGCGCGCGCCGGAGGACGACGCCGGCGGCCGCAGGGCCAACGACAUGUACUACGCGGGCAUGUACCGGCCGACGCCGGCCACGGUGCAGGCGCUGUCGCCGCUGCUGGGCGACCUCUGCUCCAGCGACGCCGACUGCGGGGUGCCGGGCAGCCGCUGCGACGCCGCCGCCUGCCGCUGCCGACCCGGCCGCACGCCCUCGCACGACCGCCAGCACUGUCUGGCGUAUCAUGUUCCUGCCUUUGACGGAAGCUCGUACGUACAGCUGAGGGGACUGAAAGCGUACCAUAAGCUCAGUAUCGAAGUAGAAUUCAUCACCUACGCCAGUGAAGGUAUCAUCUUGUACAGCCAGCAGAAAGAAGAUGGUACUGGGGACUUCGUGUCGCUGGCCGUAGUUGACGGCCACGUGGAGUUCCGGUACAACCUGGGCAACGGUCCGGUGUGGCUGGCGUCUGGGCAGCGCGUGGCGCCGGGGCGCCUGCACCGCGUCACGGCGCGCCGCUACCACCGCGACGGCCAGCUGCGAGUCGACGGCGGGCCGGAGGUGGCCGGCCAGUCGCAGGGCCCGCUGCGAGCCCUCGACCUGCGCGGCGACGCCUACGUGGGCGCCCCGCCCACCAACGUCUCCAAGGUGUUCGAGAACGCGGGCGCGCAGCAGGGGCUGGUGGGGUGCGUACAGCUGCUGCGGCUGGGCCAGGUGGCGGUGCGGCUGCACGAGGGCGACCCGCUGGUGGUGCGCUCGCACCGCGUCACCGAGUGCGGACACAGCCCGUGCGGGCGCCUGCCCUGCCUCAACGGCGGCUCCUGCACGCCCACCGGCGCCGUCUCCUUCCACUGCGACUGCCAGCCGGAGUAUACAGGUGCUUUCUGUGAAAGUCGAGUUAAUCCAUGCAGUUCCAGUCCCUGCGUGUCGGGUUCAACGUGUGAAGUCUUGCCGCACGGAGGUUUUAUGUGCAAAUGUGCUCCUGGCACGAAAGGGCUGUCUUGCCAAGACUCUGAUACGGAGCUUCAAGAUAUUUUUAUCCCGGAAUUCAACGGAGCAUCCCAUAUUGAACUACCACGUCUCGAAGGGGUCGGCCGAGCGUUUUCGUUGGAGCUGUGGUUUCUUUCUCGGUCGCUGAACGGCCUACUACUCUACAAUGGACAGCUAUCGAAUGGGAAAGGGGAUUACAUCUCCAUAAACCUCGUGAACGGGCACGUGCAGUUCUGUUACAACUUGGGCAGUGGUCCAGCGAACAUCACGUCAGCGGAGAGGAUCAGCCCCAACAGGUGGCACUCGGUGAAGGCGAGCCGGCUGGACCGCGACGGCACCCUCCAGCUGGACUCGGGGCCGGUGGCGGCCGGACAGUCGGGUCCCGCCCUCACCGAACUCAACCUCGAGCUGCCGCUCUACAUCGGUGGUGCACCUCCGGGAAUGGAGGUGAGCCACUGCUCCAACGUGUCGUCCGGGCUGGACGGCGCGGUGCAGCGCCUGGUGGUGAACGGGCAGUCGCUGGAGAACCUGGGCGAGGACAGGCAGGGCGUGCUGCAGUGGCAGGGCCCGCCCUGCGGCAGCGCAGACCUCCCCAGCCCCUGUCUGCACGGCGGCGUCUGCCAGCCGCUGCUCAACGCCUACUCCUGCCGCUGCCCGCCGCACUUCGCCGGCGCCCACUGCCAGCACGCCAAUGUCGAUUCCUCUAGUAAUGGCAUGGCUGUUAAGUUCUCAGGGAAGACAUUCUUCAGAAUUCCAAAUAAGAUACACAAAAGCACUAACAUUUCUCUAAGCACAAACUACACUGAUUUAAGUUCACGAGAAGAAGAUGAAGAAUAUGAAAUUUAUAAUGAUUAUGACACUCAUGGUGUGGAUGACAUGUAUGAUGAAGAUGACACAGAAUUCUUUGACAAAGGGAGGAAGGGUGAGCGAAUGAAUCGUUAUGAAAUAGUCUUCCGAACAACAGAGCUCAAUGGUUUGUUGUUGUGGCUGGGCAAAGGGAGAAACAACAAAGGACAUCAUUUUGGAGUGACUGUGGCUGAUGGGUUCCCAGAAAUGAGGUUCAAUCUUGGCAAAAAGCAAGCUACUCUCCAAGUUUCUAAAUCGAAGGUUUAUGUCAGUGAUGGUGCCUGGCAUACACUCAUAGCCUACAGAAGACAAAGACAUGGCUUCCUUCAAGUCGAUGAUGAGAAUCCUAUCAGAGCACUGGCACUCUCUGGGCCUGUGAGACUUCACUCAAAUGGGUGGCUUUGGCUAGGUGGUGCUCCGGUCCUACCUUCUGGCUUGCCUACUGCGUACUACACUGGAUUUCAAGGCUGCAUACAGAAAGUUAAAAUUUCAAAGAAAGAAUUUGACUUGAUACAGCACACCAGACACCAGAAGACAGUGACAGAAUACUGCCAUGAAAAUGAUGUAUGAACUGCAUCAGUGAAAAAGAAGAAAGAAAAGACAUCUGAAGAGAAGAUACCAAGGAAAACAAAAGAAAAUGAAAAUACCUUGAGUGUUAAAUCAUUUGUACCACACAGGGAAGGAAAUUAUGAAAUACCAGCUCAAUGAGUCUUUUACUUUGUUUUUGUGUUGUUUUGUAAUAAGUGAAUCUCUUAACACAAUAAGACAAAUUUCAUACAUUUUAGUAUGAAUAUGAAGCAACCACAGAAGUGAUAUCUUAGUUUUUUAUGUGACAGUUUUUGAAGGCAGUGUGCAACUCAACUGACCGUUUAUAUAUUUAUGAGAUCUGGUUAUUUCAUUGCUUACUACCUGUAACAUAAUCAGACUGGUUUUGACUCUCCAGCAAUAAGAGGACAUUUAAGGAUACUCCUAACAAAUUAAUAAUUAACUGAAGUUAUGGUGCUUUUCUGUUUGUUUGACAGAGAUUUACUGCCAUGCAACUGUGUCUAAAUCAGGGUCACAGUCUUGACUGAUACAUUUUAUGUCAUAUUUUUUUAAAAAUAAAAUGGAUGAAUUUGAUGGUAAUGGUCCAUAAGUCUUUAAGAAAGAGUGCUAUUUGUUUUGUAGUAAAAUGGAAGUGUGUGACAUGCUAAAAUUAUAUAUACAUAUACAUAUUCCAAGUUAUAUUUUAUAAUAUACAGAAUGAAAAUUGUGAAUUUUAAAGGUUCAUUUCUAUUUUGAUCACAUGACUUUUGGAUGUCCAAUGCUUGAGACAUUUAACUACAUAACCUCAAAUGUGAAAACUACUGAAUAGUACUGUACAAGUCUUCUACCAAAAAAGUACAGCAUUAUUGCCAGGACAACUUAUUACAUUUACUGUUUCCAGUAUUUAUGUAAUUAUUAACAGGUCUGCAUUACUCACCAGCCAUGCGUGGA